GGGGCGGCAGCUUCCCGCCAAGGCUCUGCUCCGCCCCCUCUGGCCCCGACUCCCAGGCGCCAAGCUUGGAGAACUGUUCUCCGGGUUGAGGAGGGUGGGGAGUAAGUGGGCUGUACCCGACCCCUUCCUGUUUCCUCCGAGAGCCCGCGAGUCCCUCCUGUCGGCGCAGAGCCGAGGCCGGUAAGGGCGGGCCGUCCGGCCUCCGCGCGGGUCCCCGUCUCUGCCCUUCCCCGGGCCGCUCCCCGCCAGAUCCCAGGUCGCGGCUGCUGCUGGGCCCAGAGGGUCGGCCUAUCGCGGAUUGGAAGUGGAUUCUGUUUAGGGCUGCCAGGGCUUUGCUGUGCUCAGAUGGAUGGGGCAGAGGCCCGACAGCGGAGGCUGGAAGACCAUGGUAGCCUGGGAAGACUCCCUGCUGCCUUAGAAGAUGGAGCUCUGAAUAUCCCCGAGAGCCAAGAAGUUGCCCCUAAACCACGAGUUGAGCUUGGCGGUGAGACCACCUUGUCCAUUGGCCUUCAAGUGACAAUACCCUUCGUGUUUGCAGGCCUGGGGCUAUCCAUGGCUGGUGUGCUUUUGAACUAUUUCCAGCACUGGCCUGUGUUCGUGGAGGUGAAAGACCUUUUGACAUUGGUGCCUCCCCUGGUGGGCCUGAAGGGGAACCUGGAAAUGACUCUGGCGUCUCGACUCUCCACUGCUGCCAACACUGGACAAAUUGACGACCCCCAGGAGCAACACAAAAUCAUAAGCAGUAAUCUCGCCCUUGUUCAGGUGCAGGCCAUCGUCGUGGGGUUCCUGGCCGCCCUUGCUGCCCUCCUUUUGGGAGCCAUAUCGAGGGAGGAGCUGGACUUGGUGAAGAUGGGGUUGCUGUGUGCCAGCAGUGUCAUCACGGCCUUCCUCGCUGCUUUUGCCUUAGGAAUGUUGAUGGUCUGUAUAGUGAUUGGUGCUCGGAAGCUUGGGGUCAACCCAGACAACAUCGCCACCCCCAUUGCAGCCAGCCUGGGAGACCUUAUCACGCUGUCCAUCCUGGCUCUGGUUAGCAGCUUCUUCUAUGAACACAAAGACAGUUGGUACCUGGCCCUGGGAGCGUGUGUUGUCUUCAUUGCUCUGAUCCCAUUGUUGGUCAUCAUUGUCAAGCAGAGCCCACCUAUCAUGAGGAUCCUGAAGUAUGGGUGGUUUCCAAUCAUCCUGGCGAUGGUGAUCAGCAGUUUCGGAGGGCUCAUCUUGAGCAAAACCAUUUCUGAACAGCAGUUCAAAGGCAUGGCCAUAUUCACUCCUGUCAUAUGUGGUGUUGGUGGCAAUCUCGUGGCCAUUCAGACCAGUCGGAUCUCCACCUACCUGCACAUCUGGAGCACACCCGGGGUCCUCCCCCUCUGGAUGAAGAAAUUCUGGCCUAACCCUUGCUCCACUUUCUGCACCUCAGAAAUCAAUUCCAUGUCAGCCCGAAUUCUGCUCUUUAUGGUGAUCCCAGGCCAUCUGGUUUUCUUCUACAUCAUCUGCCUGGUGGAAGGUCACUCGCUCACAAACAGCAAGUCCUUUGUGGUGCUCUAUCUGCUAGCAAGCCUGAUCCAGGUGACAAUCCUGCUGUACCUGGCAGAAGUGAUGGUUCGACUGACGUGGCACCAGGCCCUGGAUCCUGACAGCCACUGUAUCCCCUACCUUACGGGACUGGGGGACCUCCUGGGGACUGGCCUCCUGGCACUCUGCUUCCUUAUUGACUGGUUAUUGAGAAGCAAAGCAGUGCUGGAUGGGCACCCGGAACUGGUGUCUGGACCUCCCUAACUGUGCCCACACUGCCCCAGUUGUUUGGUAGAACAUUCCCUCAUGCCUAGAGGGUACGGAAUGCAGUGUAUUCCCUUUUGGGCUCUCAGAUGCAGUGUUCUCCCUCAUUGGGUCCUCAGGAUGGCUGACACCCUGCCUCCACUGUGGACCUUUGAUAAUCCGCUAAGGAGACUCACACACAUUGAGUAUGGAAGUUGGUCCUUGAGUCCAUGAUAGAGCCCUGAAAUGAGAAACAAUGCUUUAUGUAUGUGUGAAUGCAGCUUUGUGUAUCUGGCUGAAUGUAGGGAUAAAUGUGGAUGGAUGUGCGGAGGGUAGGAUGCUCUGGCCGGAGAAGUUGAAGGAGGGGACAUGUCCAAUACACUUUGAGGGGUGUGUUUACAUUGUCCCAUGCCCAUGAAAUCCUGAUUGGGGUGGAUCUAGGGAUCCUUUCUCCAAGCCUCAGGAUCCAGAACCAUGGCUUAAACUGCUGUCCUCACUAGGCACCAGCUCCAUGGGCCACUCUGCUGGUCUGAACUGGGACUGCAAAUGUGUGCGGCCCUUUCCUGGAACAGCCUUCUGUCCCCCUCAUCUGCUCCCAGUGUUUAAUCUUUUUGCUACUUUUCUUUCCCAUUUUUGAUGUUGUGUUUUGUUUUUUUUU